AUGAGUUUUGAGGAGCUCCUGCAGGAAGCGGACGGAUUUGGGAAAUACCAGAUGUUGGUGUACUCGAUGCUUUGUUUGCCCCGAUUGGUGAUCCCCAUGCACUUCCUGCUGCACAAUUUCAUCUCUGCCUCUCCAUCCCACCACUGUGCCAUUCCAGCCUUUGCUGGGGCUUCAAACCUCAGCCAAGAUGAGGUCUUCCGCACCGGUCUCCCAAGAGGGCCCAAUGGGAUGCUGGGCUCCUGUAAGAUGUUUUCCAUGCCUCAGCAUCACCUGCUGGUAAAUUCUUCCUGGGAGCGGCACAACGCUUCGUCCGUUUGGAACUGCCAGCACGGAUGGGUCUAUGAUUCCUCACAGUACACAUCGACAACAGUCACAGAGUGGGACCUGGUGUGUGAGAAGAAAGGCUUGAACCAAGCAAUUGCUACCUUCUUCUUUAUUGGUGUGACCCUUGGGGCUGUCCUUUUUGGCUACUUGUCUGACAGAUUUGGCCGCCGAAGGGUGCUUCUGCUCUCUUUCUUUGUCACGCUCUGCUUUGGGACCAUGUCCGCGUUUUCAGUGUCCUACCUGAUGUUUGUCAUCAUGCGGUCACUCUGCGGAGUGGGGCUCACAGGCAUUUCCAUUAUCUCCUUGAUAUUAGCGGUUGAGUGGACAGACAUCAAGCAUCGCACCUUCUGCGGCACCAUCAGCGGCAUAUCCUGGUCUGUUGGGUACAUGCUCUUGGCCCUGGUUGCAUAUCUGAUCCGGUCCUGGCGCUGGCUCCUGCUGGCGGUCACCUCUCCCUGCCUCCUCAGCAUCAUCGUUUGGUGGUGGCUCCCUGAAUCUGCGCGGUGGCUUCUGACAAAGAAGAAGGUGGAGGCGGCACACAGCUGCCUUUCCAAAUGCGCCAGAGUCAAUGGCAAGGGAGACUUCCAGUCCAGGAUAACUCCAGAAGUCCUACAGAAGGCUACGAUGGUAGACAAGUCACGAACCUAUUUCUACUGGCACUUGGUGAAGACUCCCAAGCUGAGGAAGACCACGCUUUGCUCUGCCACUGUAUGGUUUGGUGUCGCAUUCACCUAUUACGGCAUCACUCUAAACAUCAGUGGUUUCAGCCUGGAUCCAUACAUGACGCAGUUCACCUUUGGGGCCAUUGAGAUUCCUGCCAAACUCGGUGUGUACUUUGUCCUGGAUCGCAUUGGCCGCAGGCACUGCCAGGCUUGGUCUCUGAUUGCCGCGGGGUCACUGAUUGCCCUCAAUAUGGCCAUCCCUGCAGAGCACGGACAUGUCCGUUCAGCCGUCGCCAUCUUGGGGAAGGGUUUCUCAGAAGCCUCCUUCACUACAGUCUUCCUAUACACAGCUGAACUUUACCCCACUGUCCUCAGGCAAAACGGCAUCGGCUGCUGUUCCUUUGUGGCACGGAUUGCCAGUUCCAUAGCUCCUCUGAUCAUGUUGCUAGAUGACACCUGGAGAUACCUCCCACCCAUGAUAUUCAGUGUGGUGGCCGGGCUGUCUGGGAUGGUGGCCUUUUUGCUAAUGGAAACCACCAAUGUCCAGUUGCCGGAGACUAUUGAAGACGUGGAAGAUGACGGAAAUAAAACAUUUUUGGGAACCCAAGUGCAGGAACAAAGUGGGGAUGGAGUCAUUGUUCUUGAGUUGAUGAGUCAAAUUAACACAGAUGCUCCACUGUCUGUGCAGCAGGAAGUCAACAGUGAUGAUGACAGGACACAACAGCAUCAGAACACAUUGUUAGCCAAUGGAAUGGACACUUCUAGAUGUUAA